AUGAGUAAUAAAGAUACUUCUAUAUUGAAGGGCAAUGUUGAUCACGAAGAAGCCGACUCGAACCCAAAGCUUCGUAAAAUCGGCAGACCCCCUGCUCUCAGAAUCAUACCUCCUUUGAACUUCUGUCCUGUGGAAAGGCAGCUCUAUCGUUCGGGCCAACCUUCGGCUAUAAACCAGUCCUUUUUGGAACAGUUGAAUCUCAAGACAAUUCUCUGGCUUGCAAGCGAAGAGCCCCAGGACGACUUUCUUGAGUUCUCUAACGACCACAACAUAAACAUCGAGUUCGUGGGGAUAAUAAAUGAGUUUAGCAAUUAUCAAAACUACAACACAAACCAAACCUUGACAGUGAAUCCAUGGGACGCAUUGAAUGAACAGACUAUCAAACGCGCCUUGGAGCUCAUAGUUAACCGCGAGAACUACCCAUUGUUGGUAUGCUGUGGUAUGGGACGACACAGAACGGGGACAGUGAUAGGCUGCCUCAGACGAUUACAGGGGUGGAAUCUAGCUAGUGUGUCUGAAGAGUAUAGGCGAUUCACCGGUGCCAGAGGCGGUCGUAUCUUGGUAGAGUUGCUUAUUGAGAGUUUUGACAUUGGCUCGGUGGAGAUAGAUCCGUCGAAGGUGCCAGACUGGUUGACAUAG